UCCGAUACUCAAAAUCCCAACCUCUAAGACCAACGGUUUUUAUUAGCGUCUCGUCGGUGGUUUGAUACAUAAUUAAUCUCGGAAAAAUAUCUUUAAUUUUAAGAUAUUGUAAUUGCGUACGACUACUCUGGUCAUUUGACGAAUGACACAGUUUGGACUUCAUUUGACGAGAGUGGUCAACAUCUGUUUGAAUUAAAUACCCUAUGCCGCGCGUUGUUUUUAUGCCAGAGCAAAACCGUCAAACGUUGAGAGUUAUGAUGCUGUAGUGUAUUGUGUGAACGCUCCUGGUGAGAAUAUUCUAGCAAUGGUAGAGACUGCCUGUGAUCCUACAUUUGAGAGACACUUCAAAGGUCACAAGGAUGGAGUUACAGCUUUAUCCUUUCAUCCAAACGCUAUUCAACUUGUAUCAAGUAGUCUGGAUAAAACAUUAUUGGUAUGGAACUUGACAGAGUCAGUACGAGCUUACAGAUUUAUAGCUCAUAGUGACAGUAUUCUGGAUGUAUGUUAUGCACCAUCCGGUGAAGUUAUAGCUAGUGCCUCGAAGGAUAGAUCUGUGAGAAUUUGGGUUCCUAAAGUAACAGGACAAUCAAUAGACUUUAAAGCUCAUAGUUUUGCUGUAAGGUCUGUACAAUUUAGUCCAGAUGGAGAAAAGUUGCUUACUGCAUCAGAUGAUAAAAGCGUAAAACUGUGGAUGGUAUGUCAAAGAAGAUUUCUCACGUCAUUCAAUGGACAUACAAAUUGGGUCCGUUGUGCCAAAUUUUCUCCCGAUGGUAGACUCCUAGUAUCCUGUAGUGACGAUAAAACGACAAAAAUAUGGGACAUUAGUAGUGGACAAUGUGUUAAAACUUUCAGUGAGAUAAAAGCUCCUCCUGCAUAUGUAGAAUUCCAUCCAAGUGGCGCAGCUGUUGGAUCAGCGAAUAUGGAUGCGUGUGUUAAAUUAUAUGAUCUGAGAACAGGAUCUUUGUAUCAAUAUUAUGCUGCUCAUAAAGGACCUGUAAACAUGAUUAAAUUUCAUCCAAAGGGUAACUUCAUGUUAACAGCUUCUAGUGAUUCUACAAUGAAGGUUUUAGAUUUAUUGGAAGGUCGGCCGAUUUACACUCUGAAGGGACAUACUGGUGAAAUAACAUCGAUAACAUUCUCCCAAGAUGGUGACUUUUUUGCUUCUGGUGGUACAGAUCGACAAGUUCUCAUGUGGAAAUCUAACUUCUGUAAGGAUGACAAAGCCAGAAAAGUUCCGAGACAAUUAAUAUCACCUACUAGUAAAUUGGAAUUUAAGCUGGAUGUUGAACCAGAUGGAAAGUCACUUGCAGAUAGUGAAAAGCGUGAGAAACAUAAGCAGCAAGGAGAACAGGAUGAAGAAGAAAUAAUAAAUCGAGAGGAAUACUUAUCAGAUAUACUGAAAGACUUGAACUUGGAAUCAGACAGAAGUCAUUGCAGAGGCCCCAUUGCUGAUAUACCGAGGAAAGAAGUUGAAAUAAUCAAUAUGAGAAAUAUUAAAUCUCCAGAAAAGAGUCGUGUAAUAAAUCUAAAACCACAAUCAAAACGACAUGAGAAAUCACUUUAUGCGCAGUCAUCUAGUCAAUCCAUCAGAGCAGUAGAAGCACUUCGUGAUCAAGUACAGUCAUUACACGACACCGUUAAUGUAUUGGAGGAACGUUUGACAGUAUUAGAGGAGACACUUAAGAAGUAAAUUUUAAUUUUUUUAAUCAUAAUUAUUGACUAUGUAGGAUAAUUUGUACGUGUGUGCAUGUAUGUAUAUUGUGUGUAUGCAUGUAACCUUGAUAAAUAUUUUUGAAAUAGAAUUUAAAUUAUCUUGAUAAUUACCUUGUAAUACAUAUGAAGAUUAACAAAGUUUACCGAUGAUAAAUGUCUGGAUAUUUUAUGUUAUUCUACAAAUAUAAUACAAUAUAUUGUUAUAAAUUUUAAUGUUAAAUGUUUACAUGUGGCCAUAUGUAUGU